GGCUCCCAUUGGGAGUCCCUUUCUGUUAUCAAAUUUGUUGAGAGACAAAAAGAGCUACAGUCUCAUUCCCAAGAACAUCUUGAGGCAGAGAAAAGGGGGUUAUAGGACAGCAUUCUUUGUGUCAGAGCGUCAGUGCCUCCAGAGCUCGCCGGUCGGACUCCCAGUCUUCACUCUGCUGCUGCACUGACUGUUCAGCUGCUGCAUUGUUCGUGAAGCAGCCAACCUUUUCUUCAAGAAGUCCUUUCACUGUGAAGCUCUAAAGCUCAGCCGCCAAAAUGGAGUCUGCUACAAUGGAUCUUCCCUCCCUGCUGUCCAAUGGGUCAUCAGAGAGCUGUGCGGCGGUGGAUACCACAAUUGAGAACACACUGUUUGGAUGCUUCUACAUCGUGGUUUUCUUUCUGGCGCUGAAUGGUAACAGCCUCGCUCUCUGGAUCUUCUCCCACCAGCGUGGCGCUUCCUCUCCAGCAAACGUUUUCUUGAUUCAUCUGGCUGUGGCAGACUUAUCGUACGUGAUCAUCCUCCCGCUGAGGGCCACCUACCACCUCACUGGAGGCCAUUGGCCCUUUGGCGAGGUCCCCUGCAGGGUGGCAGGCUUUUUAUUUUAUGUCAACAUGUACGCCAGCCUGUACUUCCUGGCCUGCGUGGCGGGUGAUCGUUACCUGGCUGUGGUUCACGCUGUGAGGUCGCUGAAGGUUCGUCGGGCCCGCUAUGCUCACAUCAUCAGCUUCUCUCUAUGGGCCCUGGUUACUGUCUCUAUGGCGCCACUGCUAAUCACCCACCAGACUGCAGAGGUGGAUGGCAUGACAGUGUGUUUGCAGCUGUACAGAGAGAAGGCCUCACGCAAUGCUCUGAUCUCUCUGGCUGUGGCCUUCACCCCACCUUUCCUCGCCACCCUGUCUUGUUACCUGCUCAUCAUUUACAGCCUGCAUCGGGGCUCCAGGUUGGAACCGGCCAUCAAACUGAGGGCCCUGCGCACCAUCGGUCUGGUCAUGCUCAUUUAUAUAGUCUGCUUCCUGCCUUAUCAUGUGAGCAGGGCCACUUUCAUCCUGGGCUAUAGCCAUCCUGAAGUCUCCUGCCAGAUGCGCAGGGGCCUGAGCUUGGCCAAUCGCCUCACCUCCUCCCUCACGUGCCUCAACGGUGCCAUGGAUCCGCUGAUCUACCUGUUUGGAGCAGAGAAGUUCCGCGGCACUCUAAUGCGAUUGUUUUGCAAAGAUCAGGCAGGAGUGUCCGGAGCCACCAGCGGAGAGUUAAAGGGAACACACGAGAGCUCUGUAAGUGCCAAGUCUGAGUUUUGAGGAAGAGAACUGUAAACUUGAUCUGGAGCAUUUCUUUAUAUAAAUGCAUUAACAAACAUUGGUCCACUAAUGGACUGUUGCCUUUGCCUGACUGAAGACUGAAGGCUUAUUCCCCAUUGUGGUUGAUGUGCCACUAUAGCCCCCAUGGUCUAGUUCCAAUGUCCUCCUUACGCCCUAUUCCCCCUCAAAGACUUUAACUGACAUCACCUGUGUGAAUGCAGGAGGGUGUAAGGACUCCAAACGCCACAUGAGGAUUGGGACAGCACUUUCUAAACUAAGGUUACCUGGACAGGGACAUCCUGUCUUCAGUGUGAGACUCAUAUUCCAUACGUGAUGUAAUGAAUUGAAGAGAAUGAUAUUGCCCCCUGUUUAAAAGAAAAAUAGUACUUUAUUUGGAUCUCAAUCCCGCCAUCAAGACCAACAAGUAGUUAGUUUACACUUUCGGGAACAUUCCUUCCUGCAAACGUCUUCCAUGUUUUGCUCAUGUUUAUUUUUAUAAGCUUCCGAAAUUCCACUGUCAUUUUGAACGCUUUGUGGGUUAUCCCUACGAGCAAAGUCUGCAGAGUUACUGAUUUACGGAAAAUGCGCUUAAAGUCAACCAGAGAACCCUCAAACACUAGCCCUGUGGUCUAAGCCUGUAAGUCUGUGAGACUAUGGGGCACCAGCCACCUGUUACGAGACAAGUUGAGUGUACUGUUUCUACAAGCUUCUGAUUUUUGUGUCAAACACCAAAUUAUCACAUGUACAUAGUCAACUUUUAAUUUAUAUUUCCUGUUACUGUUUUGUAUCCAAUGCCAAAUGUGAUAAAUACUUGUUUUUAAUAUCUUUUUUUGAUCUAAGUUGUUUUUGCCAUGCUAGCGGCGUGGCUCUGGGGAAGGCAAUGUCCAUCGGUCAAUUGGUCAGUCCACCACUUUAUACAGAUUGAAAUAUCUAAAAAAUCAUUUGUCAGAUAACUCCAAAAUAAAUGCCCAUUGCACCAAAAAUACACACUCCCCGCAACAAACAGAACCACGUGAAUAUUCUUUAUGCGGAAUGAUGUCAUCGGACCCAACCAACGAAGGCAACGAUUACUUGCCAGUCAGAGGCAGAGUAGGGCAGGUCCGAUGACAUCAUUCUGCAUCAUAAUUAGCCAUGUGCUUCUGUUUGUUGCAGUAAGAAAGGGUUAAUCUGAGCAAUAGGCCUUGGAACAAUUGGUGUUGGGUAACAGACUGUCGGACUAAUGGGCUUUCAGUACAAUGGGAAAUUCUUCUGGACUGUUCUGGAAUUAUGGGCAGUCCCCAAAAAGGGAGGUAUGGUCCGUUGUUGGUCCACCACUUUGGUCCGGACUGAAAUAUCUCUUGAUACCGAUAUUCAUGUUCCCCUCAGAGUGAGUUGUAAUUGUAUGACCAAUGCAAAACCAAUGACAUUCCCAUGUGCCUUGGCCGUGCUUUUAGUGCUAAGAGGCAACAGUUAGAAUUCCAACACCCCAAGUCAGGAGUGAACAGGGUAAAGAUGAUACCUGCCACACAUGUUAGUACUGUCAUUGUGAGCAUGACAGCAUGUUGAUGUUACCACUGUGCUUGUGCAGCCUCUCAGAGCUGCUAGCAUGGCUGUGAACUCUUGGUCUUGUUUUAAUAUUAGCUGUAUUUUUCAAACCACUCAUAAAUUAAUUAUCCAUGACUUUUUUGCUGGUAUACUUUGCUUUUGCUCCACAAAUCUUCAUUGUACAUACUGUAUAUUCUUCAUUAACCAGCUCCCUAACUUUCUACGCUGUGCAUUUAUUGUUUUGUACACAUUUCUAUGAUAUUGCACUAUUGCAUGACAAACCAUUAAUCCUAUUUUACUGUGAGUCCGUUUAGCUUGAUGUCUUCUGCAGAAAAAUUGAUGUUUGAGACUGAAAGACAUACUUACACAGAUUAGUAAAAUGUGAAUUAUAAAUGUACUUUGUAACUUCUUACUUUGUAAAUAAUAACUUAGUAAACAUGAUUCUCUGUGCAUGAGAUGAUGUGUCUUUUCUACACUGUCGCUGCAUAAUGAGGCUUUGACCUGCUCUCUGUGAAAGUGCAAAAUCUAUUUCAAGCGCAGGACAGAAACCUCUGAGGCUGCAGUGACUUGUCACUGUGUAGUUCUCUUUUUGUAUCAUGUGACCUAUGUUGUGGUUUGUGAGCAGCUUAUUUUCCUCCUCUUAUUUCUGCAAGACUUCCUGUCCAUCACAUGAACAUGGCAAGUCACAUUAACUUGUAUUUCCUGAAUGUAUGUAUUUUAGAAAAACCCUAGCCUGAUUCAUAUUAGAUGAUCAAACAGUGAGCAGUAACACUGAAGUUGGGUCUUCUGCGUGAUUAGAGUUUUAAAAAGUGCAUCUGGGAACCAAAUGAAGCUCAUUAUACUUUGAAUUUCCUUACAGGCUGAUUUAUCAGUAAACGAAUAAGAAAC